AUGGCACAUGUUGAGAAGGUUUCAUUCUACGGCCCUCUCGUGCAUAACCUCGACACAGAAUCUCAAGCGGUUAGAAACUCGUCAACAAGCAGCACCAUGGAUGGGCCCCAAGGAGACACGUACCUUCCUCCUGGCAGUGCCAGACUUUUGUCAGAAGAAGAAUCCACUCUAGUCCUAAUUCCCACCCCAACCUCAGACCCUAAUGACCCCUUGAAUUGGAACCUAACCCGAAAAUGCGUCAACACUAUGUUCGUGCUUGCUGUCACUGUGGCAGUCUUCGCUGCAAUGACUAUGCAGAUGAUAUUCUGGCAGCAAAUGACGGUCGAGCUGGAUAUGACCUACGACGAACUCAACGCAGGUGUUUCUUUCAAUGUCGUCGGACUCGCCCUCGGAUGCCUUUGCAUCAUUCCCUUCACAAAGAAGUACGGUCGACGAUCCACAUAUAUCUUAUCGACCGCUAUAAUGGCUGCAACAUCCUGGUGGAGCAGCCGAUUGCGUACGGUUCCCGAGAUGUAUAUCACGAACCUACUCUAUGGCUUGGCUGGAUCAACAAACGAGACCAUAGCCGAGAUGACGAUUGCAGAUCUCUUUUUCGUUCAUCAGCGAGGCCUAGCAAACGGCUUUUACAUCACCGCCGUCAUGAUCGGGAAUUUUCUCGCCCCCACACUCGCCGGUCUCCAAGCAGCUUCGAUGGGUUGGCGAUGGGCCUACUACACUGUCGGGAUCUUCCUGACGCUUUUGUGUCUCUUGUUUUUGUUUUUCUUCGAAGAGACGAAGUAUGUGCCCAUCUCUGUUGGAUCCUCAACCACUGAAACUCCCGAUUUGGAGGAAAUAGCGAAUAAACUACACGAAACGAAGUGUGGCUCAGCCGCAGCAAACUCUGCCAGCGAUAUUAAACCUUUCGAGACACAUCCCAUUCAAGACAUCGAACGAGCCGAGCAGUCGACCUCGCUGCCCAAUACGUACUGUCAACGUAUGCGUUUGUCCACAACAACGGACGAACCACUGGUCUCCAGCUACAUUGCGCCUUUCAAGAUGGCCCUCUUUCCGCACGUACUCUUCUCAGCAAUCCAAUGUGCCAAUGCGGUGGCAUUUCUGGUCGCGCUGACAAGCUUAAACUCCAUCGUUUUCGCUGCUCCACCAUACAACUUCAACACAGCUGGAGUAGGUCUCAUGCUCAUCGGCCCAUUCGUUGGCAACAUGAUCGGCAGUCUGUACGGCGGGAUAUUUGGUGACUACGUUGUUGUCAGGCUCGCGCGUAAGAAUCGGGGUAUCUUUGAGCCUGAAAUGAGACUCUACGUACUCUUGCUACCUGCGUUGGUCAUGGGCGCUGGAAUGAUAAUAUUUGGUGUUACGGCAGAUUUGGGGAUGCACUGGAUAUAUCCGAGUAUCGGUGGUGCUUGUUUUGCUUUCGGCAUGAGCUCCAUGAUGGACGUUAGUUUCACGAUCAUCAUUGACACCUAUAAAGCCUGCACGAGGUACCUCAAUAUGCGGACUCUCAUCCAGAACGCCCGCAUGAUCACCACAGACGCUAAGGAAGCACGAGAACUGUGCUGUUUGGCAGUCAAUGACCACACUAUCCAACACAUUGGCCACCUUGACGACGCUUCCAUCCAGAACUUCUUACGCCAUGGAGAAGAAGUUCAGAUAGUCGACCUUCAACGGCGCGGUAUCAUGUCUUCGUUCAUCGAUGGGCAUACCCACCUACUCCAAUUCGGGAUUUCCCUGUCCAAAAUUUCUCUUGGAAAUUGUGCCAACCUGGAGGAGAUUCGACAGGUCAUUCAAUCAACUGCACAAGAGGAACCAGAUGCACAACGCUUGAUGUUUCAGGCCUGGAAGCAAUCGGCCACUGGAAGUCUCGUUAAUAGCGAAAUGCUGAACGAUCUCAGCGAACGCCCGAUUUAUAUUGAGUCGCAUGACUUACAUGCAGUAUGGUGUAACGCGGCCGCUGUGAGAGAAUUGGAGAUCCCCGACGAGGACAUACCUGGCGGUCGAGUUCAUCGCACUGCUGAUCACUUGCCAACCGGCUUGUUCGAAGAUGCUGCUGUCCUUGGCAUUAUUUGGCCGUUUUUGACACAAUGCUUGACGCACGAAGAGAAGUUGGACCGACUCCGAGAAGCCAUAGAAACAUACAAUCGCGCUGGUUAUACUUCGGCCAUUGACAUGGCGGUCGAUGAAGAUUACUGGAAUUUACUACGAGAGCUUUAUGAGAAGGGAGAGCUCAACCUACGCUUGGCCGUCCACUUUUUGGUCUCACCGACGGGCUCGACAGAGUCUGAUGUAGAGCAAGUGAGACGUGUCAGUCAGCUUCACGAAGCGUACAACAUCUUGACGUCUCCAGAUUUUCGGGUUGCGGGUAUCAAGCUCAUGUGCGAUGGCGUCAUUGACUCAUGCACAGCUGCCAUUUCUGAACCGUACAAGUCGACUGGACAGUCCGUACAGCCCUACUGGACCGCAGAAGCUCUGAGCAAGGUCCUGACUGCGGCAGAUGAUGGCAUGCUGCAAGUCGCAAUGCAUGCAAUUGGAGAUGAGGCGGUGACUCUGGCAAUCAACGGCUUGGAGGCGCUGGGUACGACGGGGAAACGGCAUCGCAUCGAACACUUGGAAGUCACCAAGCCCGAAGAUGCCAAGCGACUUGGGCGCUUGGGCAUCACUGCCUCUAUACAGCCCGUUCAUUGCGAUCCCGUCCAGAACAUUGACUGGACACCGCUCAUCGGACAAAAACUAUGCAGCCGAGCCUUUGCAUAUCGAGAGUUCGCGGACCACGGGGCUAGGAUCGCUAUUGGUAGCGAUGCGCCUACAGCUCCUCACUCGCCGUGGAAUAAUCUCUUCAACGCAACAACUCGCAAAUCUUAUAAUAGGCCGUAUGGAGAGGAAACGAUGAAUGUGGAAUUCAAGCUCACGCUCGUCCAAGCAUUGGCGGCUACCAAUAUCGGCGCCGCCUACUCUUGUUUUGCGGAGGAUAUGGUCGGAAGCCUUGAAGUGGGAAAACGAGCUGAUUUCAUCGUCCUUGAUCCGAUAGGUGACUGGAAGGGGGAACCAUUGUCACUUUUAUCAUGUAAUGUAACGAGCACUUGGCUGGGCGGGCGAAAGGCUUGGUCCAAAGACUAA